AUGGCGAGGAAGGAGGCAAAGUUAGCGGUUACGGCGGCAAAGACAGCAGCUUUUGAACGCCUGUAUGAAGAACUAGAGGACAAAGGCGGGGAUAAGAAGUUGUACCGACUAGCCAAGGGGAGGGAUAGGAGGGCGCGUGGGUGGAUCAGGCGGAAGUGCAUCGGGGCGAGGAUGGCGAGGUCUUUGGUGGAGGACGCUCUCAUUAGACGGAGAUGGCAGUCAUACUUCCACAAACUCUUGAACGACGAAGGGGAUAGAGAUAUUGUGUUGGGAGAUUUGGAGUACUCCGAGAGGUGUCGUGAUUUUGGAUAUUGUAGGAGUAUAAAGGUUGAGGAAGUUAAGGGUGUUGUUCGUAGGAUGAGUAGGGGAAGAGCGACCGGGCCCGAUGAGAUUCCUGGGGAGUUUUGGAAGACUGCAGGCAGGGCAGGUUUGGAGUGGUUGACUCGGUUAUUUAAUGUCAUCUUUAAGACGGCUAAGAUGCCCGAAGAAUGGCGAUGCAGUACAAUGAUUCCAUUGUACAAGAACAAGAGCAACAUUCAAAGUUACAACAAGUACAGAGGGAUCAAGUUGCUAAGCCACACUAUGAAAGAAGAAGAGUACUGCAGAAGAAUAGAGAAGAAACGAAUUGUCAAAGAAGUACACGAAGAGGCAACAUAA